AUGAAUCCGUGGCUGACGCAGCAGGUUCGGUCCGAGCCUGCAACGAUGGCUUGGUUGGAGGAGUCCCUGGCGCGGGACGCUCGUGCUGUACCUGCAGAGCUACUUUCUUCCGAGCCUCAAUCUGCUGCUGAGCCUGACUCUGCUGGCUUUGCUUCAGUGUUUGCUGCUGAUGCUAGCACUAAGCAAGGAUCAGCGUGCUCCCCCCUGGCCUCCGCUGUUCUAAUCCGCGUCACCACAGAGGCCGAUUUCAAGCAACGCCGGCUCUAUCCCCCCUCCACCACCGUUAUUCUCGAGCUUCAGAACCACGUCACUCUCAAGCGAGGGCUCCUGUUUGGGCCCAAAUAUGCGUGCACAAUCCUGCGGUCGGGUGGAGGGGCCAAAGGGAGGGGGUAUCGGCUGUACGUGCAUCGAGUGGAUGAGCCGAUACUGCGUAUAUGGAACACCAGCAACGUUAUUGUGUACCGUGUGCAGAUCUCACAGCCAUUCCAAGCCUACUCGACCUUGUGCCCCAAGCUCCACACACCCUUCUCCCCGCUUCACCCGUCAUUCUUCGCCUUUGCCUACGCCACAGCCCUUUCCCCCUCUCUCAUAUGUCGCAGCCAUUCCGAGCCUACUCGCGCGCAUGCCUCGGGGAGAUCCUUGACGUGGGCCCUCUUAUCACCUGAAAGGGCGUCAUCUGCCCUUUCAUCCACAUCCCACCCUUUUCCCUCUUUUCCCUCUUUCCCCCCUCUUUUCUCUCCGUUCCCUCUUUUCCCUCUUUUACCCUCUUUUCCCUCUUUUAUCCUCUUUUCCUUCCUUUUCCUUCCUUUCCCUCUUUUCCCUCCUUUCCCUCUUCUCCCUCUUUCCCCUCUUUUCCCUCUUUUCCCUCUUUACCCUCUUUUCCCUCUUUUCCCUCUUUUCCCUCUUUUUCCUCCUUUCCCUCUUUUCCCUCUUUUCCCUCAUUUCCCUCUUUUCCUUCUUUUCCCUCUUUUCCCUCUUUUCCCUCUUUUUCCCUCUUUUCCCUCUUUUCCCUCUUUUCCCUCUUUUUCCCUCUUUUCCCUCUUUUCCCUCUUUUCCCUCUCGUCCCUCUUUCUCCCCCCACCCACAUGCAGAUGUCACAGCCGUUCUGAGCCUACUCACCCAUAUGCUCCAGGAAAAUCCCUGAAACGUCAUCUGCCCUCUCAUCCUCGCCCCUCUCCUCUCCCCUCAAAUCUCCUCUCCGCUCCCCUCUAUAUUGCCCUCCCUCCUCCCCCUCACUCACAGAUGUCACAGCCGUUCCGAGCCUACUCAAAGCCAUGCCCCAGGGAGAUCCCUGACGUGGGAACAGACAUCAUCUGCCCUCUCAUCCACGUCUACCGCUCCUACGGCGUUCAGAUCGUCAAGGGAUACACGUUCGGCCGAGUGGAUGUGAUUCGAACAAUGCACAGCCGCAUUGACAGCAUGAAGAUGACUGCAGUGUCUGAUUUCAAGAGGGGCAACGGGGUGAUUCGAGUGAUGCUGUCGGGGUAUGGGCCGCUGCUGGUGCGCUGCUAUGUCUACGUCACCAACAAUGAGAUCUAUGGUGCGUACCUGCCAGUGUUGUUUCAGUUCGGUGUGGUGGGAGCGGUAUUCAAGAACAACCAUGUGCAUGACUAUGUGUGGGCUGCCAUCACAUGUGGCAACAUGGUUCACUUGCAGGGCGAUUGCAUGCUCACCUCCAUUUCAAAUAACCUCGUUGUUGCUAAGGGCCGGAAUCUCACCGGCGGGGGUGAUGCGACGGGGAUAUACUACGUAACGCACUGGAAUAACCCGGGUAAUCUGGCGGAGUGCAACUACAUAAUCGGGGGUGACCACUGCUAUUACCUGGAUUACGCCAGCUCGGGUGUGACUAUACGCGGAGGGGCUUGUAUCGGGACGGUGGAUGGCAUGAAGGUCAACAACGGGAAAUGGUGA